AUGGAGGAUGCUAUGUGUGAUAGGCUAGAUAAGAUGAAGUUGACUACAGAAGAAGAAGAAACUAUAGCCAUCUCAGAUGACGGAAGAUUGGAAGCUAUUGAAAGUUGCACUUUGAGUUUGAUUGGAAAAUUCCUCACAUAUAAGUCAUUCAACAAAGUAGUAGCGAAGAAUACGAUUCGCCGCGCGUGGGGAUUGAAUGAAUCUAUGCAAAUUCUUGAAGUAGGGCCAAAUCUCUUCCAAUUCAAAUUUCAAUCAGAGUUUGAUUUGGAGAGGAUCUUGAGAGGAGGCCCUUGGUCCUUUGAUAACCAGCUACUAUUACUUCAAAGGUGGAAAAAGGGUAUGACUGCGGGAAAUAUUCGAUUGGAGUCGACAUCCCUCUGGGUUCAAAUAUGGGAUGCACCAUUUGACAUGGUUUCACCUCAUGUAGCAAGGGAAGUGGGAAGCCGGCUGGGUAAGGUUGAGGAGGUGGAAUGGAAGAAACGGAAAGACGAUAUAAGUAUGUUUAUGAGGGUCCGGGUAGCCCUUCCAAUUGCAAAACUUAUUCGACGGGGAGGGUUUAUUGCUGGAUCGGAUGGUGUUAAAACGUGGGUAUCUUUCAAGUAUGAGAGAUUACCCAUCUUUUGUCACUACUGUGGAAUUUUAGGUCAUGAUUUGAGGCACUGUGCAACCCAUUAUGCAGUGGAGAAAAAGGGUGAAAGAAUUGAAUAUCAAUAUGGUGAUUUUCUCAAAGCUGUAGGUGGUCGUCCAAGAACACCAUCUGCUAAAGCUUCAGGUCAGAUGGCAGGCACAGAGGAGGUAACGGAUUAUGCAGCAGAGACUGGACCGAAACAAGGAGUGCAGGAGGGUCCGAUGAGCACAACAGUGACGGCAGCAAACCUGGGUGACGUUGGAAACCCUAGCGCCGUUGAAAACCUUAGAAGAGUGUUUAAUGUUGAGGCCGUGAAUCCUGGAACAGUUGCUGAAAUCACGCUCAGCAAUAAUGAGCGUAUCCAAUCCCAUGCAAACGUGAAGGGCACAAAAUCAGCUGCUGAAGAAACGGGUAAGGAAAAUAAAGAGAAUGGAUAG